UGUACUCCAUGGGCAAAGAAAAUAGUACCAACGACGACAGAUGGUUGUAGUUGUUUCGGCAUGGCAAAUAUGGAUCUUAGCUUAGAUGACAUUAUCCAAAAAAAGUUUUCGAAGGCUUCAAACAUUCGGGGAAGAAAAAGGGGACAGGGCAAGAGGUUAGAGCCUGGUAGCCGUGGACAAAGUCUCAACAACACAAACCAUGUCAAAAGAAGAGGUGGACGUCAGGGAGGACGGAGAGGUCAAGUUCUGGGACCUGCGGAUGAUGCUCGGCUACGAAUAAUACAAAAGAAUCGCCAGAAACUUACAGAUGCUAGGGACAAGUUGGCUGAAAUUGCUAAGCAGACUGAUGCUCGUUUUAAAUUAGACAAACUGCGAGAAAACAGGAGUAAUGCAAGCCCAAAUUUAUCUCGGGUUGGAGCCAGUAUAACGAGGCGUACCAGUCGAAAUGGCCAGAUCAGUUUAAGCACCAAUAAGAGGCGAAUUCCACGUAAUGGAAAUGAAAUUCAGGAACGCACAGUAACUUCUGGUGGUAGAGGAUUUGGAAUGCCAAUUUCAAAAAUGGAUGUUGACGAUAUUGAGGAAGUAGAUCUGUUGCCAGCAGGAUCAACAGUCCUGAGACGUACAGUCAGUAAUGAUAGAACAUCGCUUCCCCCACCACCAUUGUUUGCUCCUCCUAUGCAGCAACGGAGCCUUUAUGCGUGGGUGAAUCCAGUGUCUCAAGAUUCAGUGUCCUCAGUGGAAGAGUAUGGCUCCAUGACACGGAACUCGAUACGGGCUCCCAUUCUGCGUGAUCCUGUACUGACUUCUCCUGUUACACGGCGAGGGACAAUUCAACCUACAAGCCUGAAAAUAAUUGCCAGGAAUACACAGCAGCUGAAGCAUGGACCAACACUGCUCUCUGAGAGGGAGGAAUGGAAUUAUGAAGCCCAGCCACUCAAACAUGUUAAUGUCCCUCCUGUUUCACGCAUUGAACCUGAAGACUCUGACGACGAAGACGACUUGUCUCCCUGGAAACGAGGCAGUGCUUCUGGUAGUACUGGCAUGUUGGCUGGCAGAAUGAGUUCAGAACUCAAAGCUCGAUUGGACACGCCAGUUGUUACUCCUCGCACCAUGGGCAUUCUUUCAGUUGGUUCAAAAUCAUCUACCAAUACCACACCUUCUGCACCUACUGGCCAUAGAAUUGUGGUGUCAAACCUGCAGACCAGUGUCACACAUGAGGACAUUCGGGAGCUCUUUGAAGAUAUAGGUCCUCUGGUGACAUCACGUUUGGUUCGGCCAGGAACAGCAGAGGUGGUAUACCAGCUGCAUAAAGAUGCUGUAAAAGCUGUUGAUGUCUAUCACAACAGACAGCUGGAUGGGCAGCCCAUGAAGUGCAUGCUAGUGAAUUCCAGGCCACCAUCAAUAUCUAGUGCUGGAAGGAAUUCAGCCAGCUCCCGGAGUUCCAGUGGCAAUUUGUACAAGCUCCCAACAGGAGGGAAGUCAUCAGUCAUUCCUGACAUAGGGACAAUCCACAAGGCUCUCUUCAACAAGUCUUGAAAUGUUUACAUUGUUAAGGACUCGUAUAUCAAACAUAUGCAUGUACAGAGUUUAAAGAACAGGCCUGGUGACAAAGUAAAUAGUUAUAGGAUGAUGCAAAAUAGUUUGCAUAUUAUUACUUUGUGGUAGUAUUUUGGCACUGUAUCCUUUUAUUCCUAAUUGUCAUAGUUUCAUAUUCCAAAAACAGUUUAUCCAGAGCUCAGUGCAACCUUAGUAUAACGAGAAUGUAUAAAAUUAAUAAAAGUGCUUGUUCUAAUGGGUACUUGUAAUAUGCUGCCAAUAAUUCACUGCAUAUGCAAUUGGGAAGAUAAACAUGUUUUGUAUGCUACUUGCUUAGAGAUGUUACACAUGAAGAAGUUGGAGUUACACCAACUGUCUGUGUUACAUUUCAGACCAGUUCUAAACUCCACAAUUUGUCCUUAAAACACAGAAGCAGCUGUUCGUAUUUUGCCUGUGUUAUUCAGAAUGGCAAGCAGUGCUAAAAAAUCUGCAUUGUCUUCCUAUUUUUCUCUUUGAUUAGUUGCAAAGUUCAUGUAGACAUUACUUCAGUUUUUUUAUUCAAGUCUGAGCACUUCUCUUUGAUUCCUGUAAUUAAUGUUGAAUACUUUGUAACUUAAAGCACAGUCAUGAAAUAGUUUUCAGUUCAUGUUCAGAAGCCAAGCAACACAGUGUACACUGAAAUAAGCAAAUGUCUUUGUCACAACAUGCAUUGAAAAGCACAGCAUCAGCCAGUAUCUGUUGCCAUUGCCUGUCCUGUUAUUACAUUAGUAAUUUUGGGUUCAGCCACAGACCUGAGCAGAUCAUUUAGUAUGUGCAUUAACAGAAGAGUUACUGUGUUUCCUCCCAUGAUCUGGACUACAGUCCCCUCCUGCCACAGUUUGCUGUUGUCAGACAGCAGCAGAAGACAGAAAUAUCACUUCCAUUGCUUGCAGUCAAGUUAUUAGCACAUCAAAGAUCAUAACCAGCGUGUAAAACAUUUGAGAGAAAUUGUGUUAUUGGAUGAAACGAAGUCUCCAAUUGUCUAAAAUAUGGAGGCAUAAGCUGUUACAAUUAUAUUUAGGAAUGCAAACUUUCUUUUCCUAGACUAGGGAGAGAGACAGAGGGUAGGUUAAUGAUACUUGUGGAUCGCCAGUUAUAGAUUUGAAAGCAAAAGUGAAAAUAUAGAUGUAAAAAGUUGUGACAGAGGUGCCAAAAACUUCAUUUUAUACACCACUUUUGAAAACUUUAACAUUAGCAGAUUAAUGAUGCAAAUGAUUUUCCUCGCUGUAAUGAAGUGCUCGUUCUACUGUGGUUGCAUUGUAUGUUAAGAAAUCUCUGUGGCUACCAAGGUUUUGAUUUCACAUUGAAGUAAUUUAAUUAACUCAUAAUACAAACCAACUGAUGUUUAUAAAAACUGUUUGAUAACUGGAAAUUAUUUUUGGUCGGCAAGGACCCCAGAAUUGUUUUUCUGUUUUCAUAACUUACUGACAAUUAUUCAAAAUAAUAUGUACACGAGUUCAGUGACAUGUUUAACUAAUUCAGGUUACAUUAUUCAGUGCAAAUAACCAUCAUAACACCAUCAGUGGCUAUGUGUAAUGUAAUGUGACAAAAGUCUGUUUUAUUAAACACGCCUCUCGGAAAUCCAACAUUUUUUUAAUACUGUAUUGGUGGAAGUAUGGGUUUAUAUACAGAUACAGACACAGACUUGUAUUGUCAGUAAUAAGUGUCUAAGAAAACUGAAAGGAUUCAAACUGUAUUCCAUACAUUUAUGAUUGUUGCUGUUUUUUCCUCAUUGUUUUCUAUAGUCAGUAACUAGGCACUGGCAAAUGCAGUACAGACUGUGCUGAUUAGUGCCUAAAACCCAGGCACUACAAGGAAUGAAAAGUGAAAUCAGUACACCUUAUAAUAAAUGUUAGUGAAUGUAAUUUGAUUAUGUCCUUCCGUUAGUGAUAUAAAUUCACGUCUGUGGGCAUAUUUUCAGUGUGAAUAACUUACAUUUAUAUCAUGAUCUAAAUAUGUUAUUGAAAAUAAGCUAUCUUUCAGGAAUAUAAAAUAAUGAACCAAUCACAAAAUGUAUUUUUUAGGUUUUACCCAUCAUCCUUAACAUUUCCUUCCCUCCAUAGCUACUCACCUACAACAUUUUUGCACUCUGGUAUUUAUCUACACUGUUUUAUAAAAUUCCCACAUUUAUUGCUUUUAAUUUUGGAACAACAUGUACCAGUACAAGGGAUAUUAAACUGUGUAUAUAAGGCUCCUAAAGACUAGGGCUUUUUAUCUAGCAGUACACUUGGUAUGUUGUACUGACAGCUUCAUUUCUACCAAAACGAUUGGUCUACGACUUGCUUUUUAAAAGAAAAGGAUGCCAGUGACUAUAAGGUAUAAAUUCACGAGCGAACUCCAUGUAGUAAAAUAAUCUUCAAAAGCUAGGUGGUACAAAACUAUGAAAUUAUUCACAGAAAAACAAAAUGUAUGAUUCUUAUGAGCAUUUUAAUGAAGCAUGCUAAGUUUUAAGUUGAAUUGUGGUUAUAUACACAAUAUUAAAGUUAAUGUUUUUGAACAAGGCAUGUCAUAAACGUGAAAGAUGAAGUGUGAUGGUUUCUAACAAUAGUGCAUUAUAAUUUGUAAAAGUGGUGUUUUGGACUUGUCCAUCGUCUACAUUUCAAUAAAAUGAUGUUUCAAAGA